CUUUUUUCAGUUUUAUUGUUUUUAAACCUUAACUCUACUACCUCUACAUCAUGUCUAUCUCAUCACCAAAGUUAUCAUUCCUCAUCUGCUUGUUUGCUUUGUAUAUUGGACUCGCAUCAUCUCAACAUGUCAAAGACUCAAAAAUCCAUUAUUAUUCUCCGACAAAACCAACAUUAUUUUCUGGUAACGCAACGACACAUUCAGUUACUACAAGUAUCGGCAACACCACUGCUCCACCAAGCAACUCUUCCAACUCAUGGCAAGGAUAUAUCGGUGCUGGAGUCGCCGUUGUUUUCUUCGGAAGCAAUUUUGUUCCUGUGAAGAAAUAUGAUACUGGAGAUGGUGUCUUUUUUCAAUGGAUCCUAUGCGUAGCGAUAUGGAUGACAGGUCUCAUAGUUAACGCUGUUCAGAGCUUCCCUAAGUUUUACGGACUUGCUAUGUUGGGAGGUGUUCUCUGGUCUACAGGAAAUAUGUGUGUUGUCCCGAUUAUCAAGACAAUUGGACUUGGCUUAGGAUUACUGAUCUGGGGCUCCUUCAACCUGCUGUCAGGAUGGGCCAGUGGAAGAUUUGGAUGGUUUGGUCUUCAUAAAGAAAUCCCAAACAAUACAACAUUCAACUACAUCUCUAUUGGUCUGGCUAUGCUGAGCACUGUAUUCUGGUUAUUUGUUGAAUCUGAUACAUCCACUAGUGGGCGUCAACUGGAAGAAGACGAAAAUAGACUUCUCAAUAGCGUCAUACCAGAGGCAGAGAUAAUUGUUCCUGAUUCCACUGAUAAAGAAAUGGAAGAAGAUGAUGAAUCGUGGACUGAUAGGUUGUCACUGAGAGGAAAAAGAAUUGUAGGUUGCCUGCUCUCUGUAUUCUCUGGCACAUUGUAUGGAGUUUCAUUUGCACCUGUCAUUCAUAUCAAGGAUAAUUACAAGGGAGCCUCACAGAAAGAUCUUGACUACGUAUUCGCGCAUUUCUGUGGAAUUCUUGCUACGUCUUCAGUUUAUUUCAUUAUUUAUUGCAUCAUAAAGAAAAACAAACCAAAGGUUUACCCCUCAGUGAUCCUCCCCGGAAUAAUAUCGGGAUGGAUGUGGGGCGCUGCCGACAUUGGUUGGUUCAUUGCAAACGAGUAUUUGAGUGAAGCUGUUAGUUUUCCUAUUGUUACAACUGGACCUGGUAUUAUUGCAUCAUUAUGGGGUGUAUUUGUAUAUAAAGAAGUAAAGGGCCGUCGUAAUUUCAUCAUCAUGGGGAUUGCAUAUUCGUUGACGAUAACAGCUGCUGUGUUCGCCGGACUUUCAAAGAAGUAGUUUUUAGGGAUGUGGGGUGAUUACUGGUUAUAGAAAACAAAUUAAGAUAAUGUAAUGGGUAAAGAGAAGUUUGAGCUUAUAAAAUUUGUCCCUGCUGCCCUUUUUCAAUACUUUCUAUCUAUGCAUGUAUUUUAUGUAUGGGCCAAUUACGACCCACGUAACAAUUUAAUAUGGCUCGUCAAUGUUAAGUGAAAUAGUUUGUUUUUACCUUUUUACGUUCUAGGCGUAAAAUUAUAAGAUUAUGUGUAUUCUAUUCCUAUAUUCAUACGUUUUCUGCUAUUGCAUUUUGACUCAUGGUUUAGGAAUCGUUCUACCAAAGUUUUUGGAAAUAUGAUGAUAUUAUUUUGAAUCAAGUAGCCUAUAGAAUUAUCACUAUUAAGCAGCUAUCAUGAAGUUAUUAGUCCGUUAGAAAUAGUUCAUGAUUU